AUGGUUCCCAUCGCCCUGGAGGUGAGCUGCAGCUUUGCCGCCUGGCUGUGUCUCUACUGCUGCCUCUGCCGCUGGAGCGGGCAGCGCUCCUGCAAGUGGAGCUGUCGCCUGGUGACCCUCCUGCACGGGCUCCUUGUCACCUGCCUCUCGGGCUAUGUCCUGUUCCUGGAUGGCCCCUGGCCCCUGACCCACGCAGGCUCACCAAACACCCCUCUCCAGAUCCACGUGCUCUCCCUGACCUUGGGCUACUUCAUCUUUGACCUGGGCUGGUGCCUGUACUUCCAGACCGAGGGGGACCUGAUGCUGCUCCACCACACGCUGAGCAUCUGCGGCAUGAUCCUGGUGCUGGGGCUGGGCAAGUCGGCCACGGAGGUGAACGCCGUGGUGUUUGUCAGCGAAAUCACCAACCCCCUGCUCCAGACCCGCUGGUUCCUGCGGGAGAUGGGCUCCUACCACACCGCCCUGGGCAAGCUGGUGGAUUUCCUCUUCGUGCUGCUCUUCCUGGCGCUGCGCAUCGGGGCGGGAGCGUGGAUCGUGUACGGCAUGGUGACGUCCCCAGAACCCAACUGGCUGCUCAAGGCCGGGUGCCUGGCCAUGUAUGUGGUGUCCUUGGGGUUCAUGGUUGAAAUCUGUCGCUUUGUGAGGAGGAAAUUGUGGAAAAAAGCCCCUUCUGUGGAUGCACGAUCCCGUCAGGAGUAG